ACUCCACCCUACAAACCGGAGGUCAAAAGCCCAGAAGAUACGUCUAAUUUCGACAUAGAACAAUCCACCAGAAAUCACGAAGGUCCCCCACUUGGUCCGAUUUUCCGUGGCUGUCAAGUUGCGUGCAUCGGAUUUACCUUCACCAAUGGAUCCCCGUUAAAUGAGCUAGGACCACGGCAAUCCGUGACUUGCCAAAAUGCCGAAAAGUCCACAGACAAGGAAACCAAAAUGUCCAAUUCAAACGGAUCUGUCAGAGAACCAGACUCCUCUGUAGCGGAGCUCCAGACUCGAUGUCGGGAUUAUGAGCUUCGCAUCAAACAGCUGGAAUCUGACCUCCCGACCAAGGAUUCUACCGACUCGUCAACAACAGCAGCCAUAGCCAGCACGGUUGCUGCUUUAGAAAAGGAUUUGGAACUAAUGAAUGAUAAAUGCCAACAAUUGGAGGCUCAAAACCAAGACCACCUAGACUCAAUCACGGCUCUUAAAGCUGAACUUUUGGAACAGCAAGAAGCAAACCAGAAGUUAUCCGCUGAACUUCGAGACUUUGAGGAGGAAAACGAAUCGUUGUGCAAACGAGCGUCAGAUGCCCAGUCGACAAUUAUGCAGUUGGAGGCCGAACGGACAGAUCUUCUCUCGGAUUUGUCACGGUUACGGGCGGAGUUGGCUGCACAUCGCCAGUACAGUACAACAUCGACUAAUUUACUGCGUUCCUCGGAUUAUACGGACCCCGAGUCAAUUCAUCAUACCACCGCCGCCUCUGGCCGUACCGAACAGACUAAAGGAUUUUCCAGCACUCCGGCUCUGUUGGACAAUGGAAACGAGAACCACGACUCAGAUCCUCAAUUCGAACUAUACGAACGAAUACGCGAGUUGGAGACGACACUGAAGUUGACCACAGAUCGUUUGAAUUGUAGCAAACAGGAAUUCCACGCGUUAAAAGCCGCUCGACAGACGGAACAGAAAGAAUGGGAUCAAGAUCGGGGCAUCUUGGAACAACGAUUAGAGGGUGCCAUGGCGGAUCGAUCUAACGCACUAAAAGAACUGAAUACUCUACAAACCAAAUACGCGGAACUAGAAGGUAGCAUCAGCAACUGGGAGCGCAGGCUUUACGAACUGAGUCAAUGGGCUGAUGAUGAGCGAGCCGCAAAAGAUAAACUGCAUGCUUUUACGGUUCGUGUUGUCUCCGAGCUGGAAGCCUUACGUAUGGCCAGCAUGGGUCCGGACGGAGUGUUGGCCAAUCACGAGCACAGUAUGACUGCCACUUCAACGAGUGACUACCAGACCGCUUGGAACGGGAGUGCACAACCAACUGCCUCGAUUAAUGAAACUACUUCGUUGGGUUUGGAUAGUCCGGCGUUGAGUAUGACCGGAGAAAGCACAUUAGAUUGGCGCCUACGCAAAUCGUCCAAGGUGAACAAAAUGGAACGAUCCAAUUUGCAAGUGGCAUUGAACAAUGAAGUUCGGGUUCGAGAGCAGGCAGAGUUACGCUCACAGGAGGCAGAGGCAAAGUUGAAAGAGCUGUAUGAUCAACUAAAAACGAAAGAUAUGAAGAUUCAGGAACAAGAACGCAUGCUGGAGUCUUUGAAAGAUCAACUACUGGAAGAAUCUGGACGACUCGAUCAGUCUCAAUCAACAACACGUGAGUUGUUUUCUGCCCUCCACCCUCCUCGUUGCGCUCCUCUUCAUUCAUUCUAUCUGAUUCGAUUAGUCUCAGUGCACGGCUCAAUUAAAGGGUCCGAAUUCAUGAUCACUUACUUUGAUUGGGUUUGGCUGGAGAUGAGCAAAAUGGAUCCUGAUGGUUCACUUGGUGAGGCUGGACGCCCCCUUCCUGACAUCGGACUAGAUGCCAUACACUCGACUUCUACCCCGCUAGCUCCACAUACCUCAUGGGAACCGUCAUCGUCAUCGGGACAGGCAAAUCACUCCACUUCCGCGCACAAAUUCACUUUGACCACAUUCACUGACCCGACCAAAUGCCAUGCAUGUACCAGUCUGAUGCUUGGUCUACGCUGGCAAGGGGUACGGUGUCAGGAUUGUGGUUUCCAGUGCCAUCAACGCUGUCGACAAACUGCACCGAACGUGUGCCCCGCACCACCGGAGACUUUAUUAGGUACCAGUCUCGACGGUGGUUGUGGUUUGGGCACAGUGCUAGAAGGAGUUGUCCAGAUGCCGAAAGUUGGUGGUAUCAAACGUGGUUGGACUCGGCACUACCUGUUUCUCAGUGAUAUGCGGUUGUUUAUCUAUGAUAUCACAACAGAUCCGAAUGGGCAAGCCGGCGAAAGCAACCUGAAUGGAAGUAUCAGUUCCGUUUCGCAGACUACCUCACUUUUCCCCUGGUCUCGACUACACAGUCCAAACGGGUCGAUGUCCCAUGUCCCCAGUGUCUUCUUAUCUAAUUCACCAAAUCGCAUUGUGGACAUGCGCAGUCCGGGCUUCUCGGUUUCACGAGUUUCGGACACCGAUGUGAUUCAUGCGAAACGGAACGACAUUCCGAAAAUCCUAAAGGUUGUGCUGGACAGUCGCUUACCAUCCGCCUCCUUAUUCCUCCUCUUUGAUAAUCCGAACUUGGCUGAGCGUUGGCUCCGGACAAUGGACGAUUCAGCCCGACUGGUUCAGCGACAUAUGCGCAAAAUCCCUGACGAUGAGCCGGGUUUAACCGUGUUAUUCAUUCACUGUUGCUUAGAUGAGGAUCGAAUCUUGCUUGGAGCGGACGACGGUUUGCAUGUUGCGGAUAUCAAACAUGGAACCAUUGUUCGACGUGGUGAUAAAAAGCCAGUCUUUCAGAUCGAAGCAUUGGCCGAGGAGUUGCAAAUGAUUGUUAUCAUACAGGAAAAACAAAGACGUCUGAAACUUUUGCUGCUCGGCACCAUUGAGGGCAUGCAAUUCGAUCCGAUCAAACUGUCCGAACCGAAGACCUGUUCGCAAUUUAUUUGCGGCAUGAGUCGGGGCAAUACAGUCAGUCUUCUCUGUGCGGCGGGACGACGAUCGGUUUGGGUUUAUGAGAUUGCUCGGGUUCGUGGUCGACAUCGUCGACUGCGCGAAAUCUCCUGCCCAGACACCGUUCAGUCCAUUCAAUUCGCUCGUGGCGGUGAUUGGUUGUGCAUUGGUUGUCCCAGUUUCUUCGCGCUGUACAAUUUAUGGACCGACUCCCCCGCCCAGGCCUUACUUCGGACAGACCUUGUGGAUCUGGAUCCAAGUUUAUCCUUCUUCCAACAAGUGCCAUGUGAUGCACACCUGUCAAUUCAGGUAGACGAUGACGAAUUCCUCCUCGUUUUCGAGAACUGUGGAGUGUACGUGAAUACACACAGACAAAGAACGCGUCCGGAUCAUUUGAUGUGGCCGGCAAAACUGAUUGGUAACAAUCCGUUUGGCUUCAUGUGGCCUUAUUUGUACGUUUUCACGGAGGCCGGGCUAGUCGUGUAUGAGGUUACGCUGGGACUUUGGGUCUCCACUCUGAGUGGUCGUUUAAUGCGUCCACUUUGUUGGGAUUCUCAUCUUUGUCUGAUCCAAUCCUUACCCACAUCAUCCCUAUCGGGAAUGAGCAAUCCAAAUGCUAGUGGCACCGCGACUUCCGGUGUUGGACUGUCUGAGAGUGCGGCCAAUGGACUAUCAGGCUCCGUGGGAUCUACAAUCUCAUCGGAUGUGACCACUAAUCAGCAAGUGCAACGACUUAUCUAUUUGGCCGGACCACCCCGAGAUCCGGCAGUUCCCAUCAAUCCUCUUCAUGCUCAAUUGACCUCAGCCCUACGCUCACGCACGCUCGAUGUGCCCGAAGCGUCCACCUUGGGUGUAUGCGUCCGUGUGCGGAAACCACGGCGCUUCACAUUGCUGACACGAGAUGGAGAUGUGACACAGUCGGUCGACCCUACCUCCAACCCACCCCAAUCCGAUUUACCCAAUGUUCGCGGUCCCCGUUCACAGUCCAAUCGGCGCCAUUCAAAUUUUUAUUCGCAACACCCUCCGCCCGUAAACGCCGCACCGACAGCUAAUGCCAGUCGUCUAAAUCGUCUGAUUUCUGGCCCGUCUGAUUUUCGACACGUCGGUCACUUGGGUCCGCAUGCCACGGGAGCCUUGUUGGACCUAGGUCCUGCUCCCGGUGAGCCACCCCCGUCCGAGGCAGAACGUGUGGCUCGAUUCAAGUCGGUCAUUGAAGAGCGUUACCGAGCAGGCAGUGUCGGUGCCACCGGUGAGACGGGUACACCCGGUCUUCGUACUCCACCUUUAAGCAUGCUUCUGGGUGUCUCCUCGCAUAUCGCUGCUUCUGGUCACACGGCACACGAUACUUCUCCAACCAGUCUGACAGGGCAGCGGUCUUCACAGACUCAGCAGUCGUUCGAUUCNCUGUUGAUCAAUCUGAUCACUUCUCCAAAAGUCAAACCGAAAUUCCCUUCCUCCAUUUGCUUUGUUCCUGCACCGCACACGGUCAUACAGUCUCCAGUUCUCCCCAAUCAUCGCCAUCGCUUCAGUGUGCCCGGGAACGAGACUCGUCCUAGUCGUGCGUCAGUCACCAACAUGAUGUCCACGACCACGACAACCAGCAGCGCCUGCAAUUUGCCCAAUGUUAGCUCCUCGCGUCCACCCCGUGUGCGCUCUCUCUCACUUCGUCCUAUCCCCAAACAGAAAAAUCUGAUCUUGGACUUGGGCAGUAUCGAUUCCGAUUCGGUCCAUACAUCACACGUCACCCGGCCAUCAGACACAGCGGUCGGACUGCCUCAGUCCCCGGUCUCGUUUCCCUCGUUCCAACUGUCCAAUUCACCCACAAUCCAGGACACAGUAAUGGCUCUGUUCUCCCGAGUGAGUUAUGCAGCCUUUUUUCGUCUCGUGUAUGUUGAAACCUAUCGGGAACGGGUGGAGCAAAGUUAG